CUGCCUUGAACAUCAAUCGUCAUAUGACCCAUUCUAUCGAGUCUGCAAAGCUUGGGCCAUAUUUGUCUGUGCUAAAAUAGUUUCGUGGAGUGAGUGUGUGCAGAUAGUCAUCACAGUUUUUGGGACCUGUAAAUACUCCCACAUUUCAAAAUCAAAAUGGCUGAAACAAAUCCCAUCUAUGGACCCUUCUUCGGAGUUAUGGGGGCGGCGUCUGCUAUCAUUUUUAGUGCCCUCGGAGCUGCCUAUGGAACAGCCAAGUCAGGUACCGGUAUUGCCGCCAUGUCGGUGAUGCGGCCUGAACUUAUCAUGAAGUCCAUCAUUCCCGUUGUCAUGGCGGGUAUUAUUGCCAUCUACGGAUUGGUCGUGGCCGUACUUAUUGCUGGUUCCCUUGAGGCACCAGCCACCUACCCCUUGUUCAGAGGGUUCAUCCACUUGGGAGCGGGUCUCGCUGUAGGUUUCUCUGGUCUGGCCGCCGGUUUCGCCAUAGGCAUUGUAGGUGAUGCCGGUGUCCGCGGUACAGCCCAACAGCCCAGGCUAUUCGUCGGAAUGAUUCUUAUCCUCAUUUUCGCCGAAGUAUUGGGUCUAUACGGUCUCAUCGUCGCCAUCUAUCUGUACACGAAACAACAGUAAAUCUGCUAGCACACUCCCGUCGCCCGUGCCCCGGAGCCCUAUGCAAUUGUACCAACUGCUCAUAAUAUUUCGCAUAAAUAUCUCAGAUACGUCGCCGGUAGCGACACAGCAUAGCGCCCCGAGGCACAGUAAAGUAACUUGUUGAAACCGAAGCUUCAAUAUAAUCGCAUAUCUCUGGACGAUCCGGACUGGAUGCUGCUUCCGAGUCGCCCUUCGAGACGCGAUCUGUAUAAAUAGUUUAUAAAGUUCAAUUUUAUAAUAACGAAUAAAACACGAAACCGAAUCAUGGUUGCCGCUACCGCGCGAUGACGGAGUUAUUUAUUUAUUAUUUUUUUAAUUUAAUUUCAGCUAAUGUUUUUUUAAGGUGACUGGAGUUUAUCACCGACAUAUCAAAUUAAUUUGCGCGUUACCAUCCCUCGCGUUCAAAACGUUACAUCUGUCGAUAUCACUUUUAGAUUAUUUUAGCGUUAAGGCGAAACUAAUGUACAGUUAGAGUAGAAAGUUAAGUCCAAACAAUUUAUCUUAAAAUAAUUUAUGAAACCGUGAAACCCCCAGGGUACUGUGUUAUCUAUUGCUGAAUUAAGGUCAAACCUGGCUUGAAUAUACUUGCUCUUUACAGCUUUCGGUGUCUUAAGUGGAUGUACUUAUCCAUAAAACUGUACUGUUGCCCGUAUUGUCUACCAAUGCUGAGUGACCACUGAAAUAUUCCAAAGCGAGUCACAAAUAAUGUAAUGCCAGGGAUCAGUUAAUAAACAUGAUUUGUACAUUCCAUAUUAUUUUGUUUCUACUUGAUUGUUUUGUGUGUUUUAUUUACCUCGACGAUCUUCACAUGAGCAACAAGAUUUAUAUAAUAACUAGGAAGGCGGAUGCUACAUGACAUUGCACUGUCGUAUUAUAUCAAAUAAUCUAUGAAUAUAAUAAAAAUAUAAACGUUUCUGACGACUUACUAUGUGAAAUAUAUUUCAAAUAUUUUUAUGUAUACCUCAUAGUCAAAAUGAUGUUUGAAUGAAUAUAAAUUGGUAAGUAAAAUAAAUACAAUAGGUGAAAUUGUAUUAUUUUAGGUUUCAUGUUAGAGAAUGUUAUAAUCUUUGGUGUUAUUGAAUGAAUUGUGUUAAUAAAAUAUUUUAAAAAGUACUGUAAAUUAUGAA